AUGACAUCAAAUCCACCAAAGAACCCUCUACACUCCGCGCGCCUCUCUUUCCGCGCCCCGGAAUCCCCUUCAGAUGACGACUUCUUCUCCGCAAUGGUCAGCGACAUAGACGCCUACAUGAACUCAAACAUAACAAACGCCACGGUCCCAGGAUCAAAACAAGCCAAAAAGUAUCAAGAAUAUCUUACGGAAAAGACUCUGCUCGGUGUGGUUAUCUGCUUACGCUCCACUCAUGUCGACGGUAACGAGAGUGAGAAACCGACGCCGAUCGGGGCCAUGCACCUCUGCAAGUCUGGGGACGGAAUGACGCAUCACCGGAGCACAGAGAUUGGAAUCGAGAUAUUGGAUGGGUUCCAAGGCAAGGGAUAUGGGAGCGAGGCGCUAACGUGGAUUUUGGAGUGGGCAUUUCGGAGAUUGGGAUUGCAUAGAGUGCAGGUGAGAGCGUUUGGGUGGAAUGUGAGGGCGAUCGAGUUGUACAAAAGGCUAGGGUUCACUGAGGAAGGAAGAUGGAGAGACGCGCUGUGGCAUGAUGGGCAGUUCUGGGAUGAUGUGCAGCUGAGCAUGCUUGAGGAUGAUUGGAAGCAAAGAGCGGAACGCAACCUCGAUCGAUAG